AUGGAACACUCCCAAACGAUGCCUGCUGAGGUAAAGGCUUUUCUGGAGAUGGAUUUUUCCUCCUACCUCCACCUUGGCGAGCUCUACAUGGAGGGUCUACACCGGUUGUGUAGUGACCUUGAUGAUGAAGGGAAACAUCCUAAGGGUAGCACUUCUGGGGUUGGGCCUUCCUCCACUCCUCUUGGGAAAAGUUAUGAGCAUUUGAAGCUUAUGGUUACAUCCCCACAACAGUUUCACUCAAAUGAUGUGGAUGAUCAGGCCUUCUUAUCAUUUGAUGGUAUGGCCUGGAACUGGAAGAGAGCUGGUCAUCCGAGGAGCAUAUCAUCGUCGUUUGGGCGACAUACUACCGAGAACUCUAUUACCCUUGUUCUUUUUUCCCUUUCAUCAUGGAUGACUAGGGGUUUUAGAUCUUCUGUCCAUGGGGUAGGAGUUGGCAGAAACACGGCUCGUAAAGAAUGUCGGUACUACUGUCGUUAUCGAUUAGCACUCGAUGAAUUUUUUUUCGGUGCACGUAGGCAGUUGUCAUGA